AUAGAUUGCUAAUUCAACGCUCUCUCUCAUCUCUCGCCCUUACCACUUCUACCAAUUACAAAUUACAAAUUGCAACGCUCUCUUCUCUAAGCUAAGCUUUUCCAUCCACUCCAAUUCUAAUUCCAAUGGGGGAGGAGGACAAGAAGCAGCAGGAGGAGACCAAAACAGAGGAACCCGAGAAAGUAGAAGAAAGCAGCGAGGCGAACAAAAUUCCUCCACCCCCUGAUCAGCCUCAGCUCAAUGAAAUUGUCCUCAGAGUGUUUAUGCAUUGCGAAGGCUGUGCCCGCAAGGUCCGCCGCUGCCUCCACGGCUUCCAAGGGGUUGAAAGUGUACACACCGAUUGCACAACUCAUAAAGUAGUGGUGAAAGUGAAAGGAGAGAAGGCCGAUCCGCUCAAGGUUUUGGGUCGAGUUCAGAGGAAAAGCCAUAGACGAGUUGAAUUGAUUUCACCGAUUCCCGAUUAA